AUGAAAGUUAGCUUUCAAAAAUAUUCAAAACACACCGGCUUUGAAUACCUCAAUCAGUUGGCUGAUCACGUAGAUUCAAUCGGACACGUGGCAAUGAGAAAGAUCGGAACAAUAGCUGGAAAUUGGAUGCUAAAACCCCAGCAUCGUGAAUUUCAGUCUGACUUGUUUUUGAUACUGGAAACCGUCGGAGCGGAAAUACUCGUUAGGGAGUCCAAAGGAUCGAAAAUCGUCUCGAAUUUUCGUGAUUUUUUGGAGAUCGAUAUGAGGCAUAAACUGAUAUACAGCGUUGUUCUACCGCGAUUAAAAUAUAAUUAUGUUUACAGAUCUUACAAGAUAAUGUCGAGGGCGCAAAACGCCCACGCCAUAGUUAACGCGGGAUUCCUAUUUCAACUGAACAAAAAAACUCAAGUUUUCGAAAGACCGAAUAUUAUUUUUGGAGGAGUUAGCGCCAAAUUCAUGCAUGCCUCCAAAACUGAGCAGUAUCUCGAGGGCAAAGCUCUUUUGACGUCAAAUUCACUUCGAAAAGCUUUGAAUAUUUUAGGCUCUGAACUAAAACCAGAAUUGAUCCUGCCAGAAGCAUCUCCAGAAUAUCGAACGAAAUUAGCCCAAUUCGUUCUUAGUCUAAAACCGGAUAAAAUCGACGCACGCAUUCGUAGCGGAGGUACUAUGCUCAAGCGUCCGAUAUCUUCCGGAAAAACUGACUACAACGUUGACAAGAGUCUGUGGCCGGUAAACAAACCGAUCGAAGCAUAUUACCAAACUUCUGGAGAGGCCGAGUACAUCGACGAUAUACCUCACAGAGAUGACGAAGUGUUAUGUGCUUCUGUGUUGGCGCCUGCAACAGGACCUAUAGAUAGGAUCGACGCGAGUGAGGCAUUGGUCCUGGAUGGCGUAGUGGCAUUUUACUCUGCUAAGGACGUGCCGGGAAAGAAUAUCACCGUAGAUAAAUCAUCCUUCAUCAAUUAUUCCGAUGAACUGGCAUAUUCUUCAAAAAUAAAUCAAAAUCUCAGCAUUUCGUCCCACCGUCAGAUUGGACUCCUCAGCAAUUUUCUGACAGCUUCCUUAGACACCUGA